AUGAUGUUAUCUGCACGAGAAGUCUCUGGGCCUGAACAAACCGGCGGGCCCCGGCGGAGAGAAUCCGAGAAAACACGAUGGAACAAUCACGCCCCUGUCGACAAGGAUAAUUACAAGAGGGGUACAAUCGUGAACUUCCCUCAUGUAGUCCUUUGCGAAGCGAAUGACCCCAAUGCUGUCCAGACGCAGUUUGGCUGGUUUUGUUUCAAAACGAGAUACGGUAUCGUUAUCGACAACACCACCGAGCUUGAGGUCCUGAAGCUCGGCACUUCCGGAGGACGCGGACCGUUAUCGAAGCCCAUACAAGUCCGCGUGGAUUGCUUCGGUCUCAAGAAAGCAGAAGAUGCAGAAUACUACUGCUGGGACGAAGAGCUGGGCAGUAAGGUCGCGUGCACCCCAGAAAAAGGCGUCUAUGACAUAGAAAUAGGUUGCCCAUACCAACCCAAGACGGGCGCCUUUGGAAAUGUCUUAGACGUUAUUCCCCUCCCACAUGACUCCCGUAUCGAAGUGCGCGGAGAGAUUAGGGAAGACGUCCUCAACGCGAUUCUUAAGAAGCGCAAUCGAAGGCUUCUACAGAAACAAAGCAGGAGCACCCCCAAAGACAUGUGGAUUGAGGAAUUGGAGGCACGUCUGAACAAGGACAAGCAUGCUCAGCAAGAUGCAGAUGACAAGGCCCGCCCAGAGCAGAUGAAGCAAGAUCAGCAGUCCAGUCGAAAUCGCCAACAGAGUGCUCAACUCCAGGCCUACAAGGACGAAGUGUUCAUGGAGUCUCUCGGCGCCGAGCUCCUGACAGUGACACUACGAUGA